AUGGCGGAAAAAGUACAGAGAAAAGAUGUCCAAAAACAUGGCAAAGGACUAAAAGCACAAAACAGACCUCAAACUCUAGUUGUGCGUGAGUUUGAACCUGCAGACAAAACGGAAGUUCAUCGGAUCUUUAAUGACGGGCUGAUGGAGAUGGUAACAGAUACUGCCUUUAGAGGCUUGAGACAUCAUCCUGAGAGUCUCCUGCUCUACACUGCUAUGACACUUGUAUGUUAUGUCAUAACCGCAUGUUGGUGGAUGAUAGUACUCCUCCCUGUUAUUAUUCUGUGUGGGCGCUACCUCUACAGCAGACGCGUGAUCCAUGGUUACCUGGAGCGGGCCAUGGGCACAGACAUGGCAGACAUCGAAGGGUAUUACAUGAAACCACCAGAUUCCUGUAUGUGGGUGGCAGUGCUCGAGGGCGAGGUGGUGGGUGUGGUGGCAGCAGAUGGACAGCAGAAGUCAGAAGGUGCUGUGGAGUUGCGGCGGAUGUCUGUUGACCAGAGCUGUCGUAGACAUGGAGUCGGCAUUGCGCUGGGACAGAAGUUGCUGGAGUUUGCUGUCACUCACAAAUACUCCUCUGUUUUCCUGGGAACCACAGCGUACACGCCAGCGGCUCACAAGCUCUACAUGCGUUUGGGCUUCCGCUGUGUGGGGGUCACCAACGGGUACAUCACACCUGGUACCAGAUGGUCCUUACUGGAGCGGAUUUUCUACAGAGUCAGCCAUCAUCACUACAGCCUCCACGUGGCAAAUAACAACAUCUCUUAA